GCAUGUUACAACGAGCAUAUCCUAUUUUCACAGGGCAACUGUUCGGUUCUCCUUUAUUUUCUCAAAACUUCUGUCUCCAAAUCCUAAAUUCCUCAAAUUUGCCGAGCAAUUAGGGUUUUAUAGCAAUUAGGGUUUUCUCAUCCAAUUGAUCAGAUCUCUUUGGUGCAUUGCCUUAGCUGCUGUUUUUUCCUUUGCUUUUCCUGGGAUUUUUUUUCUGAAAUUUAAGGGAUAAUGAAAGUAGGAUUUUAUUUGAGGCGCUGCGGGAUCAGGUCCCGGUUUUGUUAUCAGUCGGCAUCUGAUUCUUUCUCUGUGGCUUCUGAGGCGUUUUCUGAAAAACAAAAUAGCUGUUUUCCGGCAAUUAUGGCCGGAAAGAGUCUCUGAUCUCUUGAUUUUCGGCCAGUUUCUAGCUGGGUAGGGGGCACCAUGGAUGGUUUCCGGCAAGCUGAGUCCCUUGAUUCUGAAGCAGUGGAGACCGAUCCAACGAAUCGUUACAUUAGGUACAAAGAAGUAUUGGGUAAAGGGGCCUUCAAGACUGUCUACAAGGCAUUUGAUGGAAUUGAUGGGAUUGAAGUGGCUUGGAAUCAAGUGAGAAUCGAUGACGUGCUGCAGUCACCUGAUGAUCUGGAGAGGUUAUAUUCUGAGGUGCAUAUUUUGAAAUCACUGAAGCACGAAAAUAUAAUGAAGUUCUAUAACUCUUGGGUUGAUGAUGAAAAGAGGACUGUGAAUAUGAUUACGGAGCUUUUCACUUCGGGGAGUCUAAGGCUGUAUCGCAAGAAGCACAAAAAUGUGGACUUGAAGGCAGUUAAGAACUGGACAAGACAGAUUCUUAGAGGGCUUCAUUAUUUACACAGUCAUGACCCACCCAUUAUUCAUAGAGAUCUAAAAUGUGAUAAUAUAUUCAUCAAUGGGAACCAUGGUGAAGUUAAGAUUGGUGAUCUUGGGUUGGCAGCAGUUAUGCAGCAGCCCCAUGCUCGCAGCGUUAUUGGGACACCCGAAUUCAUGGCACCGGAGCUUUAUGAGGAGAAUUACAAUGAACUUGCUGACAUUUAUUCUUUUGGCAUGUGUAUGCUAGAGAUGGUCACCUUUGAAUGCCCUUACAGCGAAUGUAAAAACACAGCACAGAUUUACAAAAAAGUCACCUCUGGGGUAAAGCCUGCUUCCCUUGCUAAAGUAAAUGACCCUCAAGUGAAGGCGUUUAUUGAGAAAUGUCUGGUUCCUGCUUCCGAGAGGUUACCUGCUAAGGAGCUCUUGAAGGACCCUUUUCUACAAUGCAACAAUAUAAAGGAGCCUUUGCACGAUCCUUUACAGAUGCCUGAUCAUGGGCCUAAAAUAGUUAAUUCAGGGGAUCAUUCUAUUGCUUUAGAAGGAGAUGCUGCCUUACUGGCAAAAUCAGGACCCCUUUCCAUGGACAUUGAUUCUGAGUUCAAACAGCUUCCCAUCCAGCCUAUGACACAAAACAGCAACGGUACCCAACACUUACCUGGCUUGGAGUUUCAGAGGUCUAACAAAAACAAUGAAUUCAAGCUUAAGGGAGAGAAAACUGGCGACAAUUCUGUCUCACUAGUAUUGCGCAUUGCUGAUCCUCAUGGUCGUGUAAAAAAUAUCCAUUUUAUUUUUUACCUCGACAGUGAUACUGCACUCUCGGUGGCUGGCGAGAUGGUUGAACAGCUGGACCUCUCAGAUCAUGAUGUGAUGUUCAUUGCGGAAUUUAUCGAUUUCCUCAUAUUGAAGCUUAUACCUGACUGGAAACCAUCUGUGAACAGCUCUUCCUUCAUCUCUAGUGAAACCACAGCCCCAGCUGGAGAACCCCAUAUGGUUCAAAAUGAGAGGUUUGCAGUUGGGUAUUCGUGGGGUACACAAGUAGUCGAGGAGGAAGUUCUCUCUCAUUUAAACAUUGGGAAUUCAUCCCUUAAAUUGAUCUCAGCCGAAGGGUGUAACCGACCAGCACAUGGAGGUAAUUUAUAUGGUACUCUGGAUGAUAUGAUGCCUCAUGUUGACAUUGAUUCCCCUUCUAGUGUGGCCACAGGGGAAGACAAGGUUUCUCAAGUGUCCUUUGGAUCUGAUGUUUUGACUGAGUACGUCCCUGUGGUGGAUUUACUUGGCGACCAUGACAAAAUAGUAGAACGUGUUAGCGAUAACGAAAUGCGAAAAGGGCUCGCUAAUAUCACAUUUGAGUAUGAAUCAGGAUUUCAUUUGGGAAGCGCUUAUGACAAGGAAGAGAGCUUUGUUGAUAAUUAUGGAUUGAUAGAAGGUGUUGAUAAUGACGAAAACUCAAACCCUAAUGCAGUCGGUUAUUCUUCGAAUAUGUCCAUGUGGAACUCGACUGAUGCAUCAAAUGCUCCGAGAUUUCCAAGCGAUGCUUCAUCUGUGUCUUCGGUACAAGAGGAUGAGGAUGAGGAGUUAAGGUCAGAGCUGGAGUUGAUUGACUCGCAAUAUAGGAAUUGGUUCGAAGAGCUCUCGAGAAAGCAUGAUAAAGCUAUAGUGGGCGCAAAAAAGAGGUGGAUAAUGCGAAAGAAGCUGACUGUUGCUUAGUCAUUCUACCUGAUAUAAUUUUUUUUGCGUGCUUGUGUCUUCUCUUUUAUUUUCUUCUGGUUCUUUCCUUCUCAUGGAGAUAUUUUUGAUGUGUUAAAACUUGAGAAUUACAAAGUUUUACACAUACUAUACAUGACGUUUGGAUCCUUGCUUUAGCAUGUAUUUAAAAUGCCUAUGAAAGCAAGGGGCACAUCCCUAAGGAAUAAAAGAACUGAUUUCAGAGCUCU